CCGAGCUCGGCUCGUUACACGAGCGAGCCGCAGCGAGCCGAGCUCGGCUCGGCUCGUGCCGUCCUCUUCUCCGCAUUCUUUGGCAGCGUCGAGCGCGUGGCGACGGAGUCCGAUCCCCCGGCCGGCGUGUACCUGACGGUGGAAACGAUUGACCAGCUCUGGCGCAUGGCGCUGCCGGUGGGGGCCAUCCGGGACCACCCGCUGGCGAACCCGUUCGGCCCGGGCAGCCCGAGCCUGGAACCGCUGCCGCUGCCGCCGGCGCUCGUCGUGGCGCCCGAGCGCGACGUGCUGCACGGCCACGUGUGGCGCUACGCCGCCAGGCUCAGGGAGAUGGGGAAGCCCGUGGAGCUCGCCGAGUUCGCGGGAGAAGGGCAUGGCUUCUCUGUCGGACCGUGGAGCGAGGCGAGGGAUGAGCUGAUGCGAAUCUUGAAGCGCUUCGUGAACCAGGGCGCUGCUCUCGGCUGAGCCAUGAAUUCCACCAAAAAUAAAUUAGCAGGUCGUCGAAGCAUCUUCUUGACUGUCUGUUGCAAAGGCUACGCAGACCCGUCCACCAAUCAUACAGAGAUGUGGAACUGGGAAUCCCAAUCAGGAAAGGAAGGUUGGCCCAAGACAACACUUUGUUCCACACCUCUCUACUAAAGGGGCAAUCCUUGCAUAAGUGGAGAAUUGUUUCUGGGGCCGAGUUGCAGAGACAACAUAUUGGGUUGCAAGGCCAACCCCUUUUAUGAAGGUUAUCGGCCGUUAGGAUUCUCUUAUGUAGUAGUGUCCAAGCAAAAAAGCGGCACUUCGGUUCCACCUUAGCCUUCCAAAUCGGACAGAGAUUCAUUUUACUGUAAUUGGAUGAGAAUUGGAUUUUGUAUGCACUGCUUGCACUGUACUGCCCAUCUGCUGACCAUCUCCAAGUAAUGGUGUCCUCCAAACCAUUAAGCUCCUGCAUGUUACCUAUGGCCUGCCAUAGAGAGACGAACUCUCUAAGCUCAUCCUCACCCGUGUAUGGGGAGCAUAAUCGUAUCCAAUUGUUGUUAGUGAGCACUUUGUCAACCGUGAUGUUCUUCCUCUUUGUCUUCUUGAAUAGUGAUGGUGUAAUGUUCUUAGGGGCUUGACCUCGGAUCCAGCUAGAUUUCCAUUGCCAACCGUCACAGAUGUGGAAGCAUUAAAGAGAUCUUCAUCAGUUUUGUCACAAGGAACCUUCAUGGCAGUCCACGCUCUGUCUUUGCUCUUCCAUCGCAGCCAUAGCCAUCUUAGUCUUAACCCCCUCGCAAAACGAUCAAGAUCCAGAAUUCCAAGACCCCCCUUGCUCUUUGGGAGGCAAGUUGUGGGCCAGUUGAUAAGGCAGUGAC